CAUAGAACCCAGCUAAGCAGACGUGUCAGUCUACCGCAUCGAAGCGUCCGAGUGACCACUCAAUAAAAUAUGGCAAGUAUUGUUGUAAUUGGAGCCAUAUUCCUCGCACUGGCGGCAACGGUGAAACAAUUACAGGUGGAUGCCACGACUAACGGAGCCCUAUUGGUUGCCAUACCUUUGCAGACUGCAAAUGACACAGCCCCUUGUCUGGUACGCGGUCAAUCAUCAUCCAAGAAACGGGACGACUACACGUACGUACACGGUUUGGGUGGCUACAAGCUUCAUACGCGAGCAACAACUUGGGUUGAGGCACGGCUAAUCUGUCAAGAAGAAGGCGGUCACUUGGCCGUCAUUAACAGCGUCGCUGAAGCAGAUGCCGUCUCUCUGGUCUUUAAAAAAGCAGAUCGGAUUACGGGCUCAGGAUUUCCGAACGAUGCGUUCAUUGGUUUUCACGACCUUUACCGGGAGGGUGAGUACGUAACUAUUCACGGAGAGUCGUUGGAAAAGGCUGGAUACGACCUCUGGGACACUAAUCAACCCAACAAUUUGAAUAAUAAUCAAAAUUGUGGAGGGAUACACGAUAAUGGAUGUCUCAAUGACCUCCCGUGCAAAGGUCAACUAUUUGGGUUUAUAUGCGAAGUUCCGGCGGCUCGAGAUACAGUCCACAGCAUUGCAGCAUGUUAUUUAAAAUGGUCUGAUUACAAGUCUCAUCAUACCGUCUCUCGUUUCGGCUUCUGCAGUCGAUCGCAUACCUCAAGAAAGAACACAAUGUCGUCCGCGCUACAGUUGUUAGUUUUUGGGCAAGCGUAUUUCCUCACCCCAGCGUUUAACGCUGGAGCGGUAGCACCUAAUUUCGCCUCGAUACCAACCAACGAUCUUACUAAGCGGGAUGACUAUACCUACACGCCGGGAAUCGGUGCUCAUAAGGUUCACACUCAAGCGGCUUCUUGGUCGGACGCUUGGGCGAAAUGUCGAGACGAGGGAGCCCAUUUAGCCAUCAUCAAUUCUCAGGCUGAAUCGAAACUCGUUGUUGAACUUCUGGCAAAAGCGGGUGUUGUGAAAGGUAUUGACCCGAACCAUGCUCACAUUGGUUUUCAUGAUUUGUACAAGAAAAACCAGUGGGUGACGAUCGAAGGUCAAUCCCUGCUUGAGGCAGGAUUCAGCGAAUGGCAACAUGGCGAACCUAACAACGACAGGGGAAAUGAGCGUUGUGGAUCGAUCUACAUAAGAGACGCUUUUCAGUCAUUGCGGGUGAACCCAACGAGGACGGAACUGAGCGUUGUGGAUCCAGGGACAAGACAACCGGUAAACUCGGCGACCAGAAUUGCGUCAAUCAAUAUUGCAGCUUCGUUUGCGAGAGAAGCCUGGAUUAGGAGCAUCAUCGUAUGCUGUCACGUGGUCACGGGUCAAGGUGAUGAUCUCGUUAUCCAUAGUGAUUUAGACCGCCAAGAACGUCUCUCUCGAUAGCCCAAGGCUGCAUUCGGUUACUGGAAACAUGGCGUCCGCACUGACUUUCGUUGUACUCGGGACGGUUAAUUUUUUCGGCACAAUGCACAACAACCAAUCGUCAGUAGUUCCCGGACUAAACCUGACUUCAACCAGCAUCGUUGACCAGCUGAUCUCGCUUCGCGCUAGACGCAAUAAUUACAUAUACACAUCUGGCAUCGGCGCUCACAAGCUGCACAUCGAAGCAGCCUCUUGGAAUUCGGCUCGGCAUAAUUGUCAAGAUGAAGGUGGUCACUUGGCAAUCAUUAACUCCAUGGAAGAG